ACUACGCAUUUUUAAAUCAUUAAGAUAAAUGGCAAUAAAAGGUUUUAUCUUAUCAUCACCGUGUUUAUGUAGUUGUAGAUUUGUAGACCUUUAUCAUAAAGAUUAAACAAAGUUUAGCGAAAGAUAAACAUGUUUUAUAAAUUAAGAUUAUUUUUGUCUUCUUCCACUCUCUGUCUUCAAUGUACAAAUAAAAAAGCUCACGUCAGAUGUAGGUCCGCCAAAAAUUCAGUCUUGCGCCAAAGUGAACGCGAAGCGAGAGAGACCGAGCCUGUUUUUCGGGAAUACAAGAAAAACGGCAAAAAGCCGUUGGUCCUUUAAGAGUGAAAAAGACGAGUACACGAAAAUGGCAACGACAUCCACGAGCUCGAAUGCGACAAGCGAUUCUGAUCAUAUCGAAAACUUCGAGUUGAUAGAGCACUUGAUGACUUGGCUAUCGACCAACGCAGACAAAAUAGUAUUGAUACUGGUGUUAGCUCUAAAAUUCAUCUUCUUCGAUUGUAGAAACUAUAUGGUUACCAGACGAGUGAGAUUCAGAGAAGAAGAAAAGGAAGAAGAGGAACAGCAGCAGAAAGAAGAGAAGGAAGAGACGACAGUAGAGAAAAAAGGAAAGUUUCUUGAUGGCUGGGCUAAUCUAGAUGAUGUCACCGUGAACACGUUGCGAGAACGUUUUGAUGUAACGUCCAACGUAAAGUCCGACGUAACGUUACCGACAAUCCAAAAGCCAACCUUUCUUUUGUCUGGUGAAUGGAAAACCGUUAAGUCCGAUAAAGAGGUGCAGACUGAUAUUAUUUAUCACGAACAAAAUGAUUCUCUUGAAAUUGAUAUAUCGCUGAAAUCUGAAAAUCCUAGGAACUUGGAAGACUGUCUCGAGAUAUAUCAUUCACUGCUUGGAGCCAAAGCCUUGACGAACGAGGAAGUGAUACAGUUGGUGAAUCACAAACAUAUAGCUGCACAUCAGUUGGAAAAAGCGGUGAAUAAUCCCGAACGUGGUGUCGAUAUUAGACGCCACAUUGUAGGUGCUGCCGGCAAGUUCAUCAAGGAGAUGACCGAUUUACCGUAUAGGAACUAUGAUUACAACAAGGUACUUGGUGCCUGCUGUGAGAAUGUGAUCGGGUACAUUCCGGUACCCGUUGGCAUCGUUGGACCGUUGCGAAUCGAUGGCCAGCUCUAUUACGUGCCGAUGGCAACGACGGAGAGCUGUCUAAUAGCGUCAACCAAUCGCGGCAGCCGUGCGCUUCUAAAAUACGGCGUAACCACUCGCGUAACGGCUGACGGGAUGACCCGAGCACUCGUAGUGCAAUUCCCGGACAUUGUGCGCGCAUGUGAAGCGAUAUCAUGGAUAGAACAACCGCGGAACUUUCAAGAGUUGAAGAACAGCUUCGAUCAGACUAGUCCCUUUGCUCGUUUGAAAAUAAUUCAUUCAAGAAUAGCCGGUCAAUAUCUGUAUCUACGCUUUGUUGCCACGACUGGCGACGCCAUGGAUAUGAACAUGCUGUCACAAGGAACGGAAAAGUCUCUACAAACGUUGCAGACAUAUUUUCCGGAUAUGAAGAUAAUCCCCCUCAGUGGACAUCUCUGCACCGACAAGAAAUCUGCAGCCGUCAACUGGGAAGAGGGAAGAGGUAAAAGCGUGACGUGCGAAGCGAUCAUACCCGCGGAUGUGAUAGCGCGCGUAUUAAAGACCUCGGUGCCUAAACUUGUUGAGCUUAACAAUAAAAAGAAUUUCUUUUUGCAAAGAAUUUCUUUUUAUUGUUAAGCUCAACAAGUUUAGUGUUUAACGGUGAUGGAAUCGUGGGGUGUAGAUGACAAAGAUCUACGUAUGUUCUGUACGAUGCCCAGCAUCAAAGUCGGCACGAUUGGCGGUGGCACUGAUUUACCGGCACAAGAAGCGUGUCUAAGGAUGCUAGGAAUCAAAGGUGGACAUUCGACGAAACCGGGUCAGAAUGCAAAACAACUCGCGCGAAUUAUUUGCGCCGCUGUACUCGCUGGGGAGUUAUCCCUAAUGGCUGCGUUGACCUCGGACUUCGUUAAGAGUCAUUUGAGACAUAACAGCAUUGUGAAAUGUCAUGAAUUAGGCAUAAAUAAUAUCGCUGUAAAAGUUUGUUAGAACACGUCGGAUUCCGUCGGCAAUAGGAGACACUUAUGUUAGAAGCGUAUAUUAUAGAAUUACUAUUUACUGUAAUUGCAACGUGUAGAUUUGUAAAUUAUUUUACCUUGCGUAUAAAAUAUAAUUAGGUUCUGUAAAUUAUCUUCUUAGUCGUACAUUUUACGUUGCGAUUUUGGUGGACAAUAAUAUAUUACUUGCACAUUUAAUAUAGUCAGACAAAAUAACCAUUUUGUGAAACAUUUUCAUCGGUUGGGUUUCACUUUUGAAUUAUUCCAAUAUUUUGUUUACACUAAUCGAUGUAAUUUAAAAAUAUACCUAAUUGCAUUCUUAAUUUCAAACAUGAGUAAUGCUCCAGAAAAAUGUUGGGACGCAUUAAUAGCGAAUAAUAACGAGAUUACCUUAGUCAUGCAAAAGUGAGCGAGAGAGUGGGAGAGAGAGUGAGAAAAUGUGUUAGAUAGAUUGCAAUUCAAUUUUGAUUGAAUAAAGUUUUAUCGCAGGUUUUGUAAUGGUAAAUAAGGUACAAUUUAGAAGAAAAUUAAUUAAAAAUCAACCUUGUCGUUCCAGAAAAUUACAUUAUAAUUUUUACAGAUGGCGGGUGCGAAAAAAUAAUUUGUAUUUUUUAUUUAAUGCAGUUACUCAUACAAGUUAAAUUUUUUUUAAUUUUAAUGUAUUUUUUCUUUAUCUUUUUAUUUUAUUUUUUCUUAUGUAACGACCAAAUUAUUAUAAAUGUUAUAACUAGGUUGUAUAACCGUAUCUAUAUUAAACAUCAAUCAAAAAGUGUGUUUCUCUACAUCAAU